AUGAUUUCAAAACUAGAAAGUCCAGAAGAAUUAGAAAGUCCGUAUUUCAAAAUACAAAGCACCCUCGAACCACAUGAUCUCGUUGAGACGUCUAAAAGAAUUCUACAAGCAGUGAAUAUCGAACCUACGUUAACCUAUUCUUACUGUUUAGAAGUACUAUUUGAGGACGACAAAGCCUUCUUUACCAUAUGUCUUAACCCUGUUUUGUGGUUCGAUGUGUACUUGAGAAAAAAAGAUCUAGAGGCUUCCGCUAGAAUUGCGAGAACAUAUGUCACCAAUACCCGGUUAGCAGUAUCACCCUUUGAAGUAGAAUACAGUGAAACUGUUAAAAAUCCGGCAUUUACAUUAUGCG